CCCGCCCCCCGGGGGCUGACGGGGUGCUGCCGCGGCAGUUUUACCUCAGGAAGUCCCGCGGCUGCCCCGGGCCUUCAGCGCCUGGCUCGGGGCGAAAAGCCGGCCCCCCCUCUCCCCACCCGGCCUGAGCUCCAGCGGCGGGCUGUGCUACCUGCCCGCUAGGGAUACUGCCGGGAUUAAUUAAUUAGUGGUUAUAAAGGCCCCUGCAGGUCUUGGGUAGCAGUAACCGUAGAAGCGCUGGUAAUUACGGCCGGUUUCCUUUAGCGCUCCUGGAUCGCACCUGUAGCUUCAAUGGCGCCGCUCGCUGCGCUCCCCGAGACCCGGGGCCGGCCGGGCCCCCCCGGGCGGCGAGGGGCGGCGUGCGCCCCGUUCCCAAUGCAGAAGGUUCAUACGAGGCACCUCGGCAGCCUGGAACACGGCCUCUGUCCCUCCGAGAACAGCCUUGGAGAGGAAGGGCAGCGCUCGCAGCUCCGGCGGCGGUGACAUUUAGACGCCGGGCGGGAGCGGGCGCAAACAGAAGGCAGCCGAGGCGCCUGCAGAAUCCUGAUACCAAAUGAUGUGUUUUUAAUGCUUUGUCCCUUGCACAUGGCUAUUUACCUACGUUUUUAAUAAUCUGAAAAAAACCGGAUUCUGCUUCUAAUUUUCUUCCUGUGAGGUGUCAGUAAAGAACUUGAUGUCAUUUGAGCAGGACAAUUAAACCUCCGAUGAAACAUUAGCCGGGCAAUAGAUAUAGGAUUACUUUCUGCAGAAACAAGCAUCAUUGCACUACAGCAUAAUGAAGCUGUUACUUGCAAGCAUCUCAGGAUGUUGUCGCAGCAAAUUAUAUUUUCGAGCUUGAUUUUUAACCGUACAGAUUAAUUUCUGUAGCUUCAAAAUACAAUGAGAUGUAUUUUGAAACACCCGCUGUUCAUUUGUGGAUUUUGGAGCAUGAGAAAAAAUGGGAAAUGUGUCUGACUGCUGCAGAGAGGCCUUGGAGGUGAUUCCUUGAAACCACGAGGAUGCCUGGCUGUUUUAAAAAGACUUUAUUUGCCUUGGCUUCUCUAAUAAGUUUUGCAUCUUUUAUCUUGAUUGUUGUUGCGAUGGGGACCCCAAAGUGGACGACUGGAAAGAUCCUUUGCAAAACAGGAGCUGAUUUGGUCAAUGCCACAGAUCCAGAGCUGGUCAAGUUCAUCGGAGAAAUUUACUAUGGACUGUUUCGGGGCGGCAAAAUACGCCAGUGCGGGCUGGGCGGGCGGCGUUCCAAAUUCACAAUUUUCCCACACAUGGUGAAAAAGCUGAAUACAGGCCUGCACGUGAUGAUUAUAAUGUUCCUCUGUGUGGCCAUUUUCUUUUCUCUGGUCAGUUUUGGAUUCUGCAUUCUUAACGCCAUAAAAGUUCCUUACCGGGCUAUUAAAGGUCCUGCAGGAGUAUGCCUUUGGAACUUCCUUGCAGGUGGAUUUGUUGUACUUGCAGUCACCAGCUUUAUGGCUGCUGUGAAACUUCAUCACCUUACAGAAAGAAUUGCCAAUUUUCGGGAAAUUUUUCAAUUUGUUAUUUUAGAAGAACGGUUUGAGGACUGUUUUUGGCUUUGUGUGGCAAGUGCCACAACACAUGCAGUAAAUUUGCUGCUAAUAGCCAUUAGUGGGAUCAAUUUCCCUAAAAUUAAGACUAAAACAGAAGAAGCAAAUGUUACAGCAGAAGAUAUCAUGUAUUAAUAAAUCUACACAAAACUACUUUGGUCAAGUGAACUGUCUUGAUAGAAACAGCUUCUUGGCUCUUCAGCUUUUGAUUUGGAUGGACGAUUUUGGUAUAAACAUGGGUAAAGAGGUCACUUGUGAAAAUCUGUGUUAUUUUUUAAGGUCAGUCUACAUUACCAGCAAUUGACAUGUAUAGGAAAGUGGGAAAAACAAAUGCUACAAAUAUCAUUAUUCUCAAAACUGACCAGUAUCUGCAGUGAACAUAUGCUGUUCACAGUUUUUAGAAAAUUUGCAUUUUGAGAUAUUUUAGAAAACUAAGGAAACACAAAAUUUCACCUAAACUAAGUGUCUUUUUUGUUUAGAAAGAAAAUAUGUGUAUCACAAAUCUUUGAUAAUAUAGGGUUACUUCAAAACAGACAGAAUGGACAUUUGCCAACUACCUUCACAGAAUUAUCUGGAAAAUGUUGAGAGGGCCAUAUGAGAUAUGUUUGAUGAUGUUACACUGCAUUGAAAAAGAAGACUUCUUCAUCUGGGAGGCUAAAGUUAAGGGGAAGCACUGGCUAAGUAUGUGUGAAAUGUUUUUGGAACAGAAAUUAUCAAACCCAUAAAGUAAAGUGAGAAAAGUAAUGUUUAUGGGAUGUUAGUAGGCUAUGAAAAAAUUAUUAGCUGCAAGAUGAAGGUUUCAUUGCAGCUUCUGGAAGUAAAGUAAACAGAAUAUAAGUAAUAGUGCUUUUAGAAAACUUGGAAAAUAAUAAUGUGACAGAUUAAUUGUCUUCAGAACCCUCUCGAUACUUAUGUCUAUCUGAAAUCAAGUAAAAGUGAUGUAUGAUGAAACAGUAUUAAAAUUAAUAAAAAUGGUGAAAUGGAUGGGAAAGUUACUGUGUUAGGAACUAUCAUAAUUUUGAUAGGCAUUCAACCAGUUCUUGGGUCAUGGGUAAUGAAUAAUUCCGAGAAAACAAUAUGCCAUUAAGCAUGUCAUUUUUAGAAUUUGACUACUACAGUGAACACAUACUAACAUAUUAGCAAUAAAACCUACACAUAACUGAAGAAUGUCUUUGAACGAAUGAAAGAAGUUAUCAUCUAAAUUAAUUAUUUUGCAGUCAGUUACUCUUCUUCAGACCACUAGGUUGUGUAACUCUAUUCUUGUGAAAAGCUCUUUGAAAAGAAUAGUAACUUUUUUAGAAAAUGAAUUCAAAGUGUUUUAAGAACAUGUCAGGAAAUACAAAAAUUCCUUAAUUUUUAUUUGAAAAGACUUCUUCACAAAAAUAUUACUGUAAGGGUCAAGUAUUUUCAGUAUUAUCACUGAAGUCUGCAGAACACUCGGUAAAGAAAGUUGCUAGAAUGAGCUGAUGUUUAACAUGUUUGCUGAUUAGGCCACUUAUUUAGAUAUUUAAAUAAGGACUUAUAACUUGGCUUAAGCAUAUGAGUUUCAUAUCUUUGGCCCAAAUACUUAUUUUCCAUGCUCUUUUUACUUUGUUUUCAUCUAAAGACCAAUGAAAACAGAUGUUUUAUGGAGUAAAUUCUACUUUCAUUUGGUAUUCUUAUGAAAUCAGUUAUGCUGUUGUAAAACUAUUCAAAGUACUCUCAAUUUACACAGCAGACUCAAAUCACUGUGUUCACUAAAUGCUUCAGCAAUGUAUGUGCAAGCUCUGUGUGAGGUAAGAAAUGAAAAAUAUUGAUGUCCUUUUCAGCACACAUGCAGCAAGACCAGCAGACAUUUGGCAGUCAGUGGCUUAGUUCCAGCGGAAACUUUAUUAGCCAAACUCAACGUACAGAUGCAAUGAGUGGUGUCUGUUACUGUAGCCUGUACCAUCUCUUGUUUUGGCCCUACAAGUUUAGGAUUAUGAACGAAGCAGAAAUUUUUGAGGGUGCUUCUGCAAUAGGCCCUAAUAAUCCGUGUUCUUCAAGACAGUAUUAGCCACUGGUUUUUUUAGGAGCACUACAUUUUUUCUUUAAAAGUCCCAUAAAAAUUUAAGAGACAGAUGGAAAGUUUCGAUAAGUCUAGAGCACUGUUACAAUUUUAGCAUAAAGGAGACUCAGUAAGGAAGAAAAAGUGAUUCCUAAUUUAUACCACCAACUUACUUCACUGUUCUUCUAAUUUUACUGGUGCUUUCCCUCAGUCUCUACCCUUGGCCACGGCUCCGAGCAGCAAACCAGCCCAGUCUAUGAAGGUGUCUGAGAUGGUAAUGAAGUAGGGUUUAAUAUAUUAAAGCUUUAAACUAAUUGAAGUAGGUGCUUAAUAUAUUAGAACUGUAAAUUAGAGUAGGAGCUUAAUUUAAGAGACUGGGCGCCUUAAGGCUGUACAAAGAGCAGAUGCAACAGCUGUAGUACUAAAUGUCAGAACGUAUCUCCUGUUUUUUAAGAAAGAAUGCUUUAGGUCAGUAUAACCUUGUAGUAGAAGCUUACCUCUCAAAACAAGGGGCCCAGGGUUACUGAGGAAUGCAGAGACUAGUCAAAACUAACACUUUUGAUGCAUCAGCAAGAACAAAGAAGUAGAGCAGAGGCCUGCAGUUCACCCAGAAGUCACAACGAUGAAGAGGAGCGGAGGAAGUAAACGAUGACCAGAUGUCUUUGAAGACCAUCGAGAGACUCUAGUGCACAUGCAGGAGUGGGCA